AUGAAAAAUUUGGAAGCAGGAAUUAGGGCGAUGCGAUUUUUAUUUUUAUUCGCGUAUUUUAUAUUUGAUACUCAAGCAAAAUCAAAUAGUUGCAAAGGUGACAUCAAAAUAAACACUCAACACGAUCUAGACGUACUAGAAAAUUGCCGCUUUUAUUCAGGCACCAUCGAUAUUUCCGAGACAAACCUUACCAGUGUCAUAAUCCCACACAUCAAAUCACUCCACGGGUCACUCAACAUAAAAGACAACACAAGACUCGUCGAAAUUUCCUCGUUCACUCUAAAAAGUGCAACCGAUUUCAUUUCCGAAGGAAAUUUGAAUUUGAUUACGAUCAAUUUGCCUAAAUUACGAACAACUACAAAGUCAUUUAAAGUAGAAAAUGCGCCGUUUUUGAAAACUCUAUUUUUUCCUCAUGGUUUGGUUGAAGUAGGAAAUUUUCAUGUUGAUAGAACAGGAAUCAAUGAAAUUAUUGGACUUGAUGCCGUCGCACUCAAUACAUUGGAAUUAUUGAAUAAUGUUAGUUUGGAUCGUGUAUCGUUACCUAAAUUACACUCCGCUAAUUUUAUCAAAAUCUAUAGAAAUGGGGAAUCCAAUUUCAAAUUUGAGGAAUUCCUGGAUGGACUCUUUAUUCAAACAAGUACAACAGAAAUCACUUGCGCUGAUUUUUACCAUUUACGUGGAGGUGGUGUAAUUGUUAUCAAUAGCGUAAAAUGUAAGUUUGAAGUUGAAUCACCAGAUGAGCAUGAGCAUGGAUAUUCAAUUAUUGAAAAUGAUAAUUUGUGGUCUCCUUUUGCUAGAAUUUCGAAUACAGAAAUAAGUCCGAGCGUCUAUCUUAAUUUUAUGGGAAUGUACAAAUCAAGUAGAAAGUUAAAGCUUGAUAAAGAUAUUCAUCUAGAAUAG